UUAAAUUACUUGAUAAAAAACAUAAUAUCAUUAAGUAAUAUUUAUAUGAAUCUAUUUAUAUUUAGCUUUUCGAAACAAUUAUAGACUUAUGAAUAUGCAAGAACAACAACCUAAACAAAGAAUUGAUAUGGCUCAUGGUUUUAUUAAAUCAGUGAUUCGCAAUCAAAUCGACAGGGAUAAUUAUGACAAAGAAGUAAAAGCCAAACAGCAACACGGAAAAUUUCACAUGAAGCCUCACAGUCAUACAUCUAAACAGAAGAAACCAGAAAUACAGACCUAUAUACCCCCACAAAGAUCUAAGAAAGAAUUAAAGCAUUUAUACAUACUUGAAUAUGAGCACAAAGAUGGCGAAGUCUUCCCAAUUCAUGUUGCUAAAACUGAUAUACCAGAAGAGGUUGCCAAAGUAAUAGGUGAAAAGUUUGACCUUCCUGAAGCUUUUGUUGAUGCACUUGCUCAACAAAUACAUAAAGAAAUGUUGAAGCGUACGAUAUGAAAGAAAAGUUUUAAUAGCUUAGCAAUCCAGUAAAAUGUUGGCAGUAUUAAUUCUGUAUCAACUUGGUAGUUGUAAUACUUCAUUGUAAUCACUAGCAGUUUUUACUGAACUUCUUAGUUGUGGUUCUUAAUAUCCUGAACAAACAGUAAGUUGGUGUUCUGACCAAUAGAUGGAUUAAACUAGGAUAUUUAAAGUUAAAGUGAAAUCCAAUUAAUGUGCAUCUUAUGUCAGAAGCAUGGGAAACAAAUGAAGUUAACUUGUAUCACAUUACAGUUAAUAGAAACUCGUUAAAUUAGAAUUUACUACAGGUACAAUAGUCAGUAUUUGUUAAUAUUGCUACUCCAUCUUUCUCCCCUCCACUCCCUGCACAACUUUUAAUAAAAAAUGUGUUAAUGGAUUAGUUGCAUUGACUUAAAAGCAAUAUUUUUAGAUGUUUAAUAUAUACAUUUGUGGACUGCUGAUUUUAAUUUAAUGUUAUUAUUAGGAAAGAAAGUAAAAAGCUAUGUAACAUAACAGUGGCUAUAUUUGCAGAUCCAAGUAUUAAUUCACAAUAAUUAAAAAUAUAUUGAACUAUAAUUUAAUGAUUGGCUAAACCCUCUUAUAAAAUAGGUUUUUUUUUAUAUUUCAUUUUUUUUUCCCAAAAUUGAAUGUUGAAACAUGUUACCUUGUUAGCAGGAACUUAAUUUUCAGUCUGUUUUCUACCUAGAUUUUCCUCUAAUUACAAGUGCCUUUGAUUCAUUUGCACAACCAUUACUUAUGCUUUAUGCCUCCUCCUAUGCUACAAAAUAAAGGCAUAAAUAUUUUACUGCAUUUAACUUUAAAAAGGGAAUCAGAAAUCAACUGGUUAGGAGCCAAUGUGUUUAUGAAUCUACUAAGACUUGGUAAACUUAUGUUUUCCAUAAUCUGUGAUUAUCAUUGAUUAUGCAUGUUUUGUAUAUUAUAACUACUUCCUCGCUCCUGGAUAAACUGUGCAAUACUUCAUUAUGAUCACCAUUUGUGUGCAAUUUCUGAAAAACUCUGAAAAUUUUAUAUUUUGAAUACAUAAGGUAUACAAUUAAAUUUCAAGCUUAUGCAGAUCUGUUACAGAUCAUAAGUAAGGGUACUCAAUCUUUUUUAUAUUAGCAGACUUCGCACCCUAUGGAUUGUUUGGCCAAGUGUUAUUUUUCCUCUAGGACUUUGACACGUAUGGUUCAGUAUAACAUUUAUUUCAUUAACAACAAACAUAAUGGUCUAAACCUCUUUGGGUUAAAACAUCCCUAGAAUAAUUUUUGAUAUCAGUUUAUGCUCUCUGAUAGGUUGAGAAAUUUGUUGAUGUUAUUUUUGUUAUGAGAUGUAUACUAACAUUGUUUUAUGAAUAAAACUUUAUGCCAUG